AUGACGCUCACCUAUCCUGCGCAGCUAUAAAACUUUCAUUUGCGUCCUGCUUUGAGAAACGAUGGGUGUCAAACGAUCACGUUCCGACUCUGACUGUGAAUCUCCUCCCAAGAAAAGGAGAGAGAGUACGGAAGGCGAUUUGCGGUUUAAAGGGUCCCGCAAAGAACAUUUGGAGGACCUGUACCACCAGGGGGAGCUACUGGGAGAGGGUGGUUUUGGAGCCGUGUAUGCCGGCACUCGCAAGGCCGAUGGCUUCCCAGUGGCUAUCAAAUAUGCCCGAAAGGAUGACAAGGAGCUAGAACUGCCUGGACUUGACGAGCCCAUCCCAUUGGAAGUGGCGCUAAUGAUGCUCGUCAGCCAUGAGUCAUCUUGUGCCAACGUGCUGAAGCUCCUGGACUGGUUCAGUGGCCCAGAAGAUUACAUUAUGAUCCUGGAAAGGCCGGAUCCAUGCCAGGAUCUGUACGAAUUCUGCGAUAGCAAAGGGGGCUACCUCUCAGAAGAUGUUGCAAGGCACGUGCUGGUCCAGGUGCUCCAGGCUUUGCGUCACUGCCAGGACUCAGGCGUCUUCCAUCGCGACCUCAAAACAGAGAAUCUGUUAAUCAGGACGGACACUUUGGAGGUUAAACUAAUUGAUUUUGGCUGUGGAGACAAAUGGAAAGACACCCCCUAUGUGGAAUAUUCAGGAACAGAGGACUUUGCUCCCCCAGAGUUGUUCCUGAGUGGGGAGUAUCUAGCUGGCCCCACUACGGUCUGGUCUGUAGGUGUCACACUUUACGAGCUAGUGUGCGGUUACUUGCCCUUCCGCAACAAGAGGGCAAUCAUCUCAGGCUGCCUGAUAUUCCCCUCAUGGGUCUCUCCUGACUGCUGCAGUCUGAUUCGCCAGUGCCUGAGGCGUAAGGUGGCGGAUAGGCUGACAUUGGAGGAGAUUCAGGUCCAUCCAUGGCUGCAGCAGACGUGA